AUCAUAUUGGGCGUUGCCCAGUGAGCUAUAAAAUCCUGAAGCGUCUUCCAGUGAGCCCCUGCACUCUUCACUGAAUCUCAAACUCCAGUUUCUGCCUCUUUGUGACCUGAACUCUCCUCUGCAGCCAUGACUGAGUUAGAGAACUGCAUGGAGUCCCUGAUCACCAUCUUCCAUCGCUAUGCCGAUGAAGACGGAGAUGGACAGACCUUGAGCAAGAAGGAACUGAGCAAACUAAUAGAGACAGAGUUGCCCACCUUCCUGAAGGCUCAGAACAACCCCAAGGUCGUGGACGAGAUCAGGAAUGAUCUGGACCUAAACGGAGAUUCUAAGGUGGAGUUUCAAGAGUUUCUUUCCCUCGUCGUCGGCCUCUCAAUAGCCUGUGAGAAGUGCUUCGUGCUCCAUUCACAGAAGAAGGGAAAGAAGUGAUGUUGAGUGAGAUCCUUGUGUAGCACAUGUGCGUGCCAGAUUAUCAAGUAAAAACUGCCUGUGACAAGA